UGAAAGUUUUUGGUUUUAGGUUAAGUUUAUGCUAAAUAUAAAUAGACAGGAGUCUUGUUCAUAAUUUUCGAUUUGUAUUUGGUUUCUUAGAAGUAUAGUAUUGAAGAUAACUAUUUUGUUAUGCUGUUAUCCCUAUAUAUUGGUUUUUAUGAACUAAAUAAAUUUUAAUGGUGAAGAGUGAUUAAUCAUAUUCCAAAUUAAGUAAUGUUUAGAUUUUAGACCAUAGGUUAGUAGAGAAUGAAUAGGUGGAAGGAGGCGUCAUCUCUCAUCAUAAGUGCCGCUUGCAAAAACCAAAUUGCUCCAAAAACACCAAUUUUAAAACUAGCUGAAGUAGAUAAAUGCAAUUUUGAAAUCUUGGCUCUGAAGAAAAGGUCAACUCCUAAACCUCAACUCUGUGUAUUUCCAGGUGGAUCAGUGAGUAUAGCAGACUCAGUGCAAGAAUGGGAAGGACUCUUUUCAAAAUUUGGACUAACUUUGAAUGUGCUUUCAGAUUCUUUGGCUAACACUAAUAUAUUAAAACUUCCCAUAUUCAAUGAUAGAAAUGAAGACUUACCACGCUGGCUUUCACUAAGAAUAACUGCCAUAAGAGAAACAUUUGAAGAAUGUGGAAUUUUACUUUGUAAAAGUAAACAAACACAAAACACAUUACAAGAUCAAAGUGCAUUGAUACAAGACCAUACCACAAAUCAUUUUGAGGUAGAUAACAUAGAAUCAUGGCGAUCAAAAGUAUUGGAUGACCCAUUUCAGUUUUUAGCAUUGUGUGAACAUUUUAACUGCUACCCAGAUGUAGAAAACUUGUACCUAUGGAGCAAUUGGCUUACCCCAAGCCACAUGACAGAACGUUUUGAUGCUGUAUUUUUCUUUACGAAUAUGAAUCACCUAACAUUGUACAGAGGAUCUCCUGAUUACAAGGAAAUAGAGUCUUCUGAGUGGUUUACUCCAGAAGAACUUUUAGAUUUGUCACAUAGAGGGGAAAUUUGGUUAAAACCCCCUCAAUGGUACGAAAUCAAAGAACUAUUACAUGUGAAAGAGUUCACCAGUUUACAUAAACAUAGUUUUCGGAGGAGCAAUAGUUGCUUGCGAUGGAUGCCUGUGCGGAUUAUUGCUCUUGAUGGAGAAAUAUCCUUACUACCAGGUGAUGAAAUGUAUCCAAAUGAGAUUCACUUGUUCAAAUCAUCUCCAAUUGUUCGCAAAGAAGAGAGUAUGGCGUCACUGAGAUGCGAGAAGAUGCACAGGAUGGAACACACAGGAGUUAAAAUUGUGCUGUUUGACACUAGAUCUGAUUGUCGAUAACUACAUUUGGCUUUCAGUUUGUCAAUCUCGUAACUGUAAUGCAACAAAUCUGUAUACCAGGGUAAUGUUUAGCUGUAUAUUUCCAUUGUGGGUGUGAACAAUCUGUGAUGUUUUAUCGUAUUAAGAGUAGUUUAAGGAAAUUUUAUUUUGUUCAAAGUUAUUUAAUACCAAUUAAUAACUAUUAUAUCAAUAUUUUUAUACAUUUUAACUGAAUUACAAUAAACACACUAUCCAGGAUAUAUUUUAUCUAACCAUGCAGUUACUUAAAGACGUUGUCUGUAAUUCACAUUGUUAACAGUUUGGAAGCUUGUAUUAACACCUUGCUGCUCUAUACUCUGAUUGUAUAAAAUAUAUGUCUUUACUAAUGUAAAAUGAAGUUACCAAUACUAUUGUAUGUCACAUUAUAUUGUAUAGAGUAGGUCUACUAAUAUUCACAGCAGCUUAUGUUUUACUACUGUACAAAACCUCGGUUGCGAUACUAUAUAUAGUUAACAUUGUCACUGCUGUUCUACACUUUUCUUGCUUAUACCAAUAAAGAUAUAUGGUAGAGUACACUUGUGUGUCGACUGCAGUAAAUUUUAAGAUAUUAUUAUACACUAAUUUAAUGAAAUUCCAUACUCAAAUUUUAGCUCUUGGGGAUGGGAGCUGAUAUAUCCCUAAAUGACUGUGUUCGUUGUAAACAAUUUAUGGUUAUAUCUGUUAAAGGUUACAUCUGUUACAUGCGAUUUGCUGAUAUAACAGCAAAUUCGGAGUAAAACUAUAUUAAAGUAAUUAAUUUAUUUAAAUAAAACAAAUCUUUAAAAGUGACAAAUUGAUUUUUCAAGUUGGCUCAAGCAAUUACUGAACAGCACCAGUUGCUUUGGUACCAAAUUGUGUUUUUCAGGCAUGCCUAUGGUGCAGUGACACUCAGGUUGGUACCCUUGUACACUGCUUUUUGCUUGCUUAGCCUACGACAUUGCUUUUGGUCAUUGUGGCCAUAUAAUAUCUCUCAACCUGAACAGACCUGGUGUUUGAGAAUAACCUCUUUUGAACAAUGUAACAGAAAGGAUAGAAUUUUAUAUGAUAGUAAUGUGCAGAUGUUCGAUAAUUUAUCAACCAUGAUAUAUCAGCUCCCUUUUUUGUCAAAAACCCAUACAAAAUGUAUUACUGCAAAUUCACCAUUACACAUUCAUAUAAAAUUAUUUUAGAAAAUUAUUUUUCUACUGUGUAAUCUAGAUGCUUGCUGAUUUUCAGCCAGUCGUAAAGGGUUAAAUCUUUCUCUUCAGAUUACAACUUUUUGUAUAAUUUUAAUAUAAGAUAUUGUUUAAUUUUUUAAAACAAAUAAUGUACCUUAAGUUGAAUACUAUAAGUCAAGAUGCUGCUUAAUUAUAAACACAAUUUACCCUUAGUAAUUUAUCACACUAAACCACAAAGCACGAUAUAUAAAUAGAAUGCACAUCACAAUACUUUCACUAUUGAAGUAGUUGAAUUCAGAUCAAUCAUUGGUCUGACAUAUUGUGUAUGUCACAUAAUCUGUGUUGAUACCUUUAAAUAAUAUUAUUAUUAAUGGUUGUUAAUUUAUUAUGGUUAUUUAACUUGAUUCUAGUUAUUAUUGAAGUAAAGUACUAAAGGCUACUGUUCAUUUUACUCAAUGUAAGCUAAUUGAUAUUGAUUUUGACAUAGUUACUGAGCCUACUCAUUGUAGUUGAUUUUGGUAUUACUUUACAUUGUUAUUCAUACCAUUAUUUUAUCAUUAUAAUUCAUGACUUUUUGUGAAUGUUUACCAUCGAAAAAUUAGUUGCCAAUAUUUGUACAUUUUAUGUAAACAAUCUGUGUAUACUUUGGUGACAAACACAGAUUCACUCAUAAUGCAGAAGCAAAGUUUAUGAAUGUACAGUUUGAAAACACCACACCAUUACUUUAAAACACUUGCUGGCCACUCUGGAUGGAAAAACCAGCUUCACUUCAUCAGUGUAUAUGCCUUCUAUAUUAAUAUUUAGUGCUCAGUGUACUAAACAAACUGUGCUCUUCAAGUGCAUCUUUGACUGUUUUGACCACUUUAACAUAUCUUUCAUAUGAUUUCUUGAGAGCAGGUGCAUUGGUUAGUGACUUUGUAUGCGUUCUAAUUUCUUACUGCAGCUACACCAAAGAAUAAUUUUGGCUAAUAUCUCAGGCGAUUAUUAAUAGUACGGAACACGCAGAGCGUACUAUCAAGAUUUUAUAGAAAUUCUUUUUAAUAAAGUUCUGGAAACAUGUAUAUUAUUAUACCAUUUUCAGUUUUAACUCAUAAUUUAUCUCAAGGGUUUUUGAUACAUAUACUUUAUAAAUUUGGAAAUACAUAUAUAUUUAUUUAAGUAUGGUGUCUUACUAGUUUUGAUUCAUUAUGCUAGUUUUAAAUUAUUUCUUAUUUUGCUUUAAUGAUUAAUCAUAACAUUAUUCCCAGUGUCAACUACUUCAGGAAUUGCUUCCAUAUAAAAUACAUUUUGUACAAUAAAUGAUUUUUUUUAUUUGAAAAUUAUCUCCAACAUCAAAAUGAUCAUGGAUAUAUAACAAAGUCCUAAAAUAAACCGGCCAACACUGAGAAUUGAACACAGACUUUUUUAAAUAAACAUUUUUUAGUUUAUCAGGAUUUCAAAUUAUCCAUUAAACCGUGUUAGGAAUCAUUUCUGUGUUAUGGCAUAUUUUGUCUUGUCUUGUGAGUGGAUAAAGUAAACAAAUAGGAGAAACCUUCUGUUACUGGAUCCUUUAUAAAUAAAUCUCUAUCCAAUGAAUGGAGAAAGACUGCAAGCUGUGCAUUGCCUCCUGUAUAAAUAGACAGAGAUGAUGACCUGCCAUAACUAAAAAAGCAGCCAUUUUUUCUUGACAAAUACAGCACCCUUUCUUUUAUUUAGAACUAUUUUGAUUUAUGAGGCAUACUCCUGAAAUAAGAGCCAUUUGGCCAUUUAAAAAAUAAGCUUGUAAGAAAAAAAGCUUCAGUGGUUGUACAUUCCUAUCGUACUUUUUCACCUAAUGGUUAUUGAGUUCUAAGCAAUUUUUAUAAAUGCUACACCGGAUUCGUUAUACUCUCCUCUGCAUAGCAGCUGUCUGGGAACUAAAUCAGUUGACAACAGCAGUAUAGACUUCCGUGUUGUCAAACCACUCACUGUUCACAAAGCCACUUUCUGAAGUGCAAGAAGAAAAUGCCUCUAGGCUCAUUUGAGGUAACAGAGUGAGGACGUAAAGAUGGAUUACACCAGAUGAUAGUUUCCUACAUUCUUUAUUUUGGUUCACACAACUCAGUUCUGUAACUAUUUGACAGUACAUGUUGGAAGUAAGUUUUUUAUCUAUGUUUCAUAUUAUCACCAAAUUGAACAAUUAUCUCAGAAAACAUCAACCAUUAUUUGCUAAAAUUGUUUUAGUUUGGGUCGAUUUGAAUGGAGCCAUGGCAUUGACUGUUGUUUCAAUUCUGCAUUCGUAUUUACUGUCCAUGUCUCAUCACCUGUAAAAAUGUGAGUGAAACAAACACAAACUCUAUAUUAUUUAUAGCAAUCCAAAUAAGUUAACCACAGCACAUUUAUUGCUCUAUUUGCUUGCCAGUGAGCACCAAACACACUUGGCUUGAGCAGCCUAAUAAAUAUAUUUUGCUAAAUAUUUAAUAACAUGUACAGGAGAGGGUUUGUAGAAUGUAAGUUCUUCAAUUUUAAUCCUUAUUUGAGUCUAUUAAUUUUCCAUGUGGUUUAGUAUAUUGUCAUUGCAGUAACAUCUGUCAAGUUAAAUUUUCUGCAUAUGUGUGGUUAACAUCAAUUAUUACAUGAUAGCUCCUAAAACACUGUGAUAAAUAUUAGAUUAUAUUUAUUCUUCAUUAUUUUAGCCACUUGUUUUUUUUUAAAUAAACAAGAAACACAAAAUAUUAAUUACAACAUUACCUGACAUAUUAUCAUAUGCUUUGGAAAAUUUCACUUACUAUGCCUUUUAUUUUUCACAAAAUGUAAGUAGGUAUCCUUAUUUCAAAGCUGACUUUUCUUCAAUAUCUUAUUAUUGUAAUAAAAUAUUUAAUUAAAAUUUUAAAUUUACUAAAAUAUAUUUUUAAUUUUUAAUUUAUUACAAUUUUGUUAGCUGUAAUUUACAUACAUAUCAAGAGACUGUGACCUAUAAAUUUGUUUCUUAUUUUUAAUAAUACUCUAUGUGAGGUUUUUAGAAAUAUUUGUAAAUCUUACUAAAUUUUACAUAGGAAGAAAUCAUAAGCUGAAUAAGGUUAUCUGUAAAAAUAUAAAAAAUUGUUUUGAUAAUUUUUGAAUCUUGCAUUUAUAUGGGAUUUCACAAACUAUUUCAAUGAGACAUAUUAUUUGAUUAUAUUUUGUAUUGUAAUAAGUAUGAGAACUACAUUUACAAAGCUUUAAAAAUGAUGUUGUAUAAGUUUCAAGUAAUUUUUAUAUAUGUCUAGAAAACUAAACUCUCUUACCUUUGUAUAAUUUUUCUAAAAAGGCCAAAGAUAAUUUUGUGUAGAAAAGAGUAGUUUGCACAAUUUCUAUUGUCAUUUGUAUUAAUAAAAUCCAAAUACCUUAAUCCUCUUGAUCGUGAAAUCUCUAGAACCAUUAAAGAGAUUUAGAUUAAUUUUGUUUUGUUGAAAGAUUUCAGCUCAUCUCUGUGGUACUUGCUUAGAAAUAAUAAUUUAUAAAUUUAGCAGUUCAAACCAAAAAUCAGUUGAAACCCAUUAACAUUUUCAUUAUGAAAUCUUAUUUACUUAAAACUGAGUCUGAUGUUUCAAACAUUCAAAAUCUUUAGGCUCUUAUGGUUUCAUGAGGAAAUUUUGAAACAAUUUUGAAAUCUAUUUGGGGAUAUCCACAAACUUUUUCAUUCAUGACAUCUAAAACUAAUGGGGGCUGAGACUUUAAACUUUCACCUCGGUUAUAGUUCUUCCAUAAAAAUAUUAUGGAAUAAUUUUGUGUUUUAACUGUGGAAACGUAUGUAAAACUGAUCUUUUAAACUUUUAUUUACCAAUGGAUAUAGGAAUCACGUAACUAACAGUAGUUAAAUUUUGCACAUAAUAUUGAUAUUAACUCUUAGGUGCUCAAUGAGAGGCAGUUCUGUUCAGUAUUUUCAGCGAGACAGGAUAGGGUGUGAGAAGAGAGACUUUGCACAAUGAUCACUACUAAUGUAGGGUUGCUAAGGAAUGUCUCGAGUAUGAUGUAUGAUGGAUUUCUCCAAGACACCUUUGUUGAAGCCACAAUGGGUGUAGCUAUAGGACACUGCUAUAAAAAAUUUAAAUCAGUGUAAAUUUUAUAGAUAUUUUCCAAAAAUAUUAUAUCAGAUCUAAUAAAAAUACUAAUAUUUUACAUUAUAUACCAAUAUUGUGAACACCCUAACAUUAAAUAAUAUGAGUAUAAAGAGCAGGUUUUCGCAUACAAAUGUGUACAUGGUAAUAUUAGAUUAUAUUCAAAACAGUGCAUUUUUACAAGAACACAGGCCGAGAAAGCUAGUGAACAUAAUAAGCUAAUUUUUUGUAAACAAAAUUAUGGCCCCAGAUAUAAAGCUACUACUUUUUCUGAAGCCAUUCACUAUCAACUUUUGCUCUUCGCUUUUUGGACUCUCCAACACCAUUCAAAGUUAGACAUUAGAUGUGCGUAGAAGUGGAGGAUGAGAGUAUGUUUCAGUGAUAAUCACUUUAGAAAUGCUGGUUUUAAAACAGGUUAAUUAUAUUCCAUUUCUGUAUACUACCUCUAUAUUGUGUGGAAAUGCUUUCAAAGGCAACAUUAUUUUAUCCUUAAAAUAAUAUUUAUGAAUAACAAAAUGAAUUUAAUAAAAGUAAAGUUAUAGUUUUACUUUAAAUAGUUAAAAAAAAUUAUAAAUAAUUAGGAGUAGUUACGAUUAACUGCUUUUUGGACAGAAUUGUGUAUAAAAUAUUUACUGAUGUAAAACAUAUGAAUUCAUUUGCUUUAUAACAUUGAACAUUUAUCUGUAACAUGAAAUAUGUACAUCUGACAACUAUUCAAAAAAGCUAUGUUUAAAUUAAGUUGAAUAGAUGGAGCUUUGCAUUUUCUUGAGUUAAUUUUAAUAAAUUAUAAUACUAGAGUUACCAGUAGUUUUAGUUGAAAUUUAUAAGUUAAGUUUUUGUUGUUUUGUGUUAUUUAAUUUUAAAUGUGUAAUUUUAAAUGUGUGUUUUAACAGUUAAUUAUUGUUGAGGAAUUUUUUAAAUUAAUUCAAAUAAUAAAAAAUGUAUGGUUUGUUACUAAUUUGUUUCAAAAACUUGUAAGAUAUAUUGAAUCGGUUCUAUAAUAUUAUUGUUAUUUAUUUAAAUAUUUUAGAAGUUUUUAAGGAUUAAAUGUGUACCUAUUAUUAAAAUAAGCCUCUUAUCAUAUAAAAAGCCUUUUGGCAAUCUAAAAGUAUACUAAACUUGUCUUAGUAUUUAUUUUAUUUGAUAAUAAAUGUAUUUUUCUA